AUGCAGACGCUUGAGCUUCACUUUGGCGAUAAAAGACUAGUCGCGCAGAACGUAAUCAACAAUCUGAAUGCAAUGCCAGACUUAGAUUCCGGACGAAUUACUCUCAUGCAAUUUUCGACAAAAUUGCGAAAUGCGGUAGUGGCGUUUAACGCCUUAAAAUGUACAGGAUACCUCCACAGUCCGGAUCUGGUAUCAAGCGUCGCGGGUAGAAUGCCGUCUGCGUUAAAAUAUGCUUUUAAUAGAUACGUGGCGGAAAUGACUGAGCCUGAAUCUGAGCUCGAAAUGCUGGCAGAUUUCAUGUUUAGAGAAGCGCAGUUCGCUGCGACUGCGGAAGUGUUUUCUUCAGGAACGUCGGUAGCCACGGGAAGGCCGGCGGGGGAGAAGGUCAAGAAGGCGGUUAGACCGGCUCGAAUAGAGAUGACAUACUCCAUAGCUCACGAGGAAACCAAAGCGGAGCGUUGGACAGGCUCUACGGGGCUCGCGGCUAGAUGCUUGUAUUGCGAGGGAAAUACUAUAGAAACGUUCGCGUUAUUAGACGAAAGUUCCACUGUCACCUUGGUAGACAAAGAAGUCUCAGUCCCGAAUUUGAGCCUACCUGUCCAAUCUGUUUCAGAGAAGCUUGUACAUUUCGUAAAAUCCAGGGAGGAUGUAGACAUAAGACCAUAUAUCAACGCGCAGCCGAAGUUGCUCAUAGGCCAGAACAACUGGGAGCUAAUCGUAUCAAGAGAACUGCGCGAAUUGGAAGGUAGCGGAGUUGUUUUGUCUCGCUCGUGGCUAGGCUGGAUACCCCACGGGACCACCGACCAGCUGGAUGCGAGUCGCGACGUGUGCGCGAUGUCAACGGUGAACAGAGGACUGGAGUCGGUCGAAUCGGUAGCGCAGAUUGAGGACGAUCGUCUUGACGAUAUGAUUAGGUUUUAUUUUUCUCUUGACUCUCUCGAGGUGUAUCACGAAGCAAGGCCUAGCAAAGAACUUGGGCGAGCGCUUAAAACACUAACCGAAACCACCAAACGUGUAGAGGAAGAAAUGCGUCGGCUCAUCGAAAACGGGUACGCGCGAAAAGUAGACAAAAAAUCAAAGGGUAUGAGGUCGUGGUACUUACCGCAUUUUGGCGUACAAAGUGUUAAUAAACCGGGUAAAGUGAGGUUGGUCUUCGACGCCGCAGCCAAGACGGCAGGCGUGAGUCUGAAUGAUCAGCUCGACUCUGGUCCAGAUUUAUUGCGGUCACUGGCUGGCGUUCUGCUUAGAUUCCGACAACACGCGAUCGCGUUUAAAGGGUACAUUCAGGAUAUGUUCCUAAGGGUAAAGAUGAGAGAAAACGAUCGCAACGCGCAGACAUUUUUGUGCCGCGGGAGUGACCGUAGUGGCAAACCCGAUGAGUACCAGAUGACUUGUUUGGUCUUCGGAGCAAAAUCGUCUCCGUGUAGUGCGAUGUUCGUUAAAAAUAAAAAUGCGGAGACGUUUACAGAGUUGGAGGAUCUGAAGAAAAAAGGUAGGGUGAAAACGCACAGCAAGAUUGCCUCGCUGCGACCGUUCAUUGACGUACAUCACUUCCUGCGAGCGAGCGGAAGGGUGACAACACAAUUGGACACGGAGUUCAGGAACGAUCCAAUAAUACUCGACA